UUUAGUCCCAUCAGUUGUAUGUUCUCUUUUUAGCUAAUCAUAUGUACUUUUCUCGAUCUUUCUCGGACCCACAGUCGUAAUAAGCAAUCACACUCCCAAACAAAAUUUAAAUGUCACCUGCCAUUUGCUUUGUAGAUCGAGAUCGAAAACUUUUCCCAUAAUUAUAAAACAAAUAUUCGUGUGAUUAGUUUUAAAUGUUGAUGUUGUAUAUAGUUUUCGCCAGUGUUGUUAGACCAAAAGAUGUGUAAAAGUCUUUUUGUUUCGCGUUAUUAUCAACAUAAGAAGUUUGUUUUUAAAUGGUGUGUAGAAGUCGGGUAGAAUAGGAGGUACCCAUGUCACUCAAAUUUUAGUAUUUGUGGUUGGUCCCUGAAUAUGAACAGGAAUCUUCGCCCCAGUAGUAAAGUAGGUACUCAAGAAUUCAAUUCGAACUACCUUUCAAAGCAGUACGAUGGUAAAAUAGCUGGACUAUAUGACUUGGAGGAGACACUCGGCAGAGGCCAUUUCGCCGUAGUGAAACUCGCCCGCCAUGUCUUUACCGGAGAAAAAGUUGCUGUGAAGGUAAUAGACAAAAGUAAGCUGGAUGAAGUUUCCAAGGCGCACCUUUUUCAAGAGGUUCGCUGUAUGAAAUUAGUUCAGCAUCCAAACGUCGUUCGGUUGUACGAGGUCAUAGAUACGGCUACCAAACUUUAUUUAGUAUUGGAGUUGGGCGAUGGGGGUGACCUCUAUGAAUAUAUCAUGCGUCAUGAGACUGGACUUCCUGAAAAAGUUGCCAAAGAGUACUUUAGUCAAAUUGUAAGGGCGAUAUCAUAUUGUCAUCAGUUGCACGUUGUACAUAGGGACCUGAAGCCUGAAAAUGUAGUAUUUUUCAAGAAACAGGGCAUUGUCAAGUUGACAGAUUUCGGUUUUAGCAAUAAGUUUUAUCCCGGUCAAAAGUUAGAAACCUCGUGUGGUAGUUUAGCGUAUUCAGCACCUGAAAUACUUUUAGGAGAUUCAUAUGAUGCACCAGCUGUCGAUGUUUGGUCGUUAGGCGUAAUUCUGUAUAUGUUAGUGUGUGGUCAACCUCCAUUCCAAGAAGCCAAUGACUCUGAAACCCUUACAAUGAUCAUGGACUGCAAAUAUGAUAUUCCCCUGCAUGUAUCACAAAAUUGCCGGAACUUGAUAUCUAGGAUGCUGUUGAGAAAUCCAGAAAAACGAGCAACGUUGAUCGAAAUUUCAAAGCAUCCUUGGCUCAGUAGUAGUAAGACCGUAACCGUAGACUCAGUACCUUUAGUUUCUAGAGAACAUCUUUCGGACGAGGACCAUAAUCUUAUUGUUCAAAAAAUAGUCAAUGGAAACGUUGCCACCAAGGAAGAAAUUCAAGAAUCUCUCGAUAAAAACGAAUACAACCAUAUAACAGCUACAUACUUUCUUCUUGCCGAGAGAAAAUUACGAUGUAAGAGACAAGAGCAGGCAGCUAAGAACAAGAGGCCUGAAGAAUUAGCAGUAUUUCAAACCCAGGACGCCAAGAAAGACGCGUCGAUUAGUAUAAAGCCAAAUUUGUUGAACGUUCCUCGUACCCCCGGAGAUUUGCCACAGCGAUCUCGAAAAUGCAGUAUAGUCCAAGAGGACGAAGAAGAAGAGGACAUCUCUUCGUGCGCCGGUCGCGAAGACUUGGCCCCUACCCUCAAUCGCCGUGGCUCCCGUUCCGAAGGCCGUUUGAAUUUGACGUUGCAAGAACGUUUAGCGGAAUCCGAAAAGAGGAAGCCGAUUGAGCUGAAGUACCCUGCCAGUGCCAAAAAGUCGUCGACGACGUGUAACAAAAGCCAAAGAUCAGAUAACAAGUUGCCGUUGGGAACACUCAAAACUAUCCCCCAACCCCCAGUGAUAUCUAUAUUUGCAUCCGGAGAGGAGUGCAAGGGUGCUGAUGUCGUUGGAGCGGUGAUACCAGAAGUUGAGAAAAAUGCUUCUCGUCAUACAAUCGUCACGUGCAAUCUCCAUCAUACGAGAGAAGAAGAGCUAAGUUUCAUAAAAGCCGAACAGCGUCAUGCAGUUCGUCGGACGCGAGUGACGACGACAGUGAAAAGCGCAAGAAACGUGCUCAAAAACUCAAUACACCUUCGAAAUCUAUAGAGACAAGAAGGGAUAGCCACGAUGACAGUAGUGAUUCACAGGAACCUGGUACUGGAGCUGGACCGAGCGGAUUUACGAAUUUGACUAAUAACAGUGUCAGUUUCGAAUCAAGUUCAAAUAACAAUGAAACAAAAGACCAAAAAGAGAAAAACGGAACUUGUAAUGACAAGAACGAAAGGAACCAUGCAAAUUCUACUUUUGAACGUAAUCACAGAAUUUGCCGAAAGAAGGGUAAUAAAACACGAUUGCGGGAAAGCCAGUCCCUAAAUAGAAUUACAGAAGUACAGGAGGAUAACACUCAAACAUUGGUUGUAUCGACAACCUUGCUGAGCAUGCCGGGAUCAUUGACGCCCAAGGUAAAAAGCGUAGGCGCAAAGAUAUUUAACGGCUUAAGCCGAUCCUCUAAAAAGCCGCCAGAGAAAACAAAAAACUACGAUGAGAAACUGCGAAUGUCACGAAGAGAUUCUGUUGGUAGAAGCUUAGAUAGAGAUAUUGAGUGCAAUAAGUUAGAAAAAUGUGGAAUUAGAAAAAUAAGGAUGCUGGGAAAGUAUUUUCACGUGCAAAAGAAAAUUUGCAUCCCGUUAGCCGGUCUCUUCAGAAGAAACGGCUUAUACAAGGCGCAGUCUUGUAGCUCAUUGACCAAAGACAGAAUCUUAACAAACCCGAAUUUACUGCAGACCAGAAGUAGACCAGUCAGCUGUAUCAAAAGUGACGGUGACAUAAAUCAAAAUGAACCACUCAAACCUUUUCCAGAAUCAAACAAAAAUGUCCUUGACAGUGUUUGUAGCGAACUCAAGGACAUAUGCACUGUUCACGUGCAUAUCGGACAAGCGUCGAAGUGUAGUUUUUGUUGAAACGUCCCAAAUGGUUACCAAAGCUGUAUUGGGUGUUUUUCUGUGUGAAAACUGUUACUAAAACGUCUGUUGAUCAUCAAAGAGUCUGACAAUGUUACAAAAACCCGAAGUUUAAUAUUAAUAACUGUUUUUCAAUGUAGAGUUAACGUUAAAACUGUUUUAACCAAGUUAUCUAAGAAAUCUCCGAUAUUUACAGCGUCGUUCAUAAAGAGGAGCUGUUAUUUUACCUUCAAAAAUAUUUAUAUACAGGGAGUAAAAUUUAUAAAAAUAAUUAAAAAUAAUAAAUUAUUUAUAUAAUAAUUU